CCUCUAUUGGUCACUGUCCGGCCUCUAUUGGUCACUGUUGGGCUCCAUUGGUCACUGUCGGGCCCCUAUUGGUCACCGUCGGCCUUCAUUGGUCACUGUUGGGCCCCAUUGGUCACUGUUGGGCCCUAUUGGUCACACUGGGCCCCAUUGGUCACUGUCGGCCUCUAUUGGUCAAAUGCUGGGUUCUAUUGGUCAUUGUUGGGCCCUAUUGGUCACUGUCGGGCCUCUAUUGGUCACCGCUUGGCCCCAUUGGUCACUGCUGGGCCCCAUUGGUCACUGUUGGGCCCCCAUUGGUCACUGUCGGGCCUCUAUUGGUCACCGUUGCCUCAUUGGUCACCGUCGGCCCCCAUUGGUCACUGUCGGGCCUCCCAUUGGUCACUGUCGGGCCCUAUUGGUCACUGUUGGGCCUCUAUUGGUCACUGCUGGGCCCCUCUAUUGGUCACUGUUGGGCCUCAUUGGUCACUGUUGGCCUCAUUGUCACUGUUGGGCCCCAUUGGUCACUGUUGGGCCUCUAUUGGUCACUGUUGGCCCCAUUGGUCACUGUUGGGCCUCAUUGGUCACUGUUGGGCCCCAUUGGUCACCGUUGCCCUAUUACCGUCGGCCCCAUUGGUCACCGUCGGGCCCAUUGGUCACCGUCGGGCCUCCCAUUGGUCACCGUCGGCCUCUAUUGGUCACCGUCGGCCCUAUUGGUCACCGUCGGCCCUCUACUGGUCACCCGUCGGGCCCCAUUGGUCACCGCCGGCCCCCAUUGGUCACCGUCGGGCCUCAUUGGUCACUGUCGGGCCUCUAUUGGUCACCGCGGGCCUCAUUGGUCACUGUCGGGCCUCAUUGGUCACCGUCGGGCCUCUCUGGUCACCGUCGGGCCUCUAUUGGUCACCGUCGGCCUCAUUGGUCACCGUUGGGCCUCUAUUGGUCACUGUUGGGCCUCCAUUGGUCACCGUCGGGCCUCAUUGGUCACCGUCGGCCUCUAUUGGUCACCGUCGGCCCUAUUGGUCACCGUCGGGCCCUAUUGGUCACCGUCGGGCCUCUAUUGGUCACCGUCGGGCCCCAUUGGUCACCGUCGGCCCCAUUGGUCACCGUUGGGCCUCAUUGUCACCGUUGGGCCUCUUGGUCACCGUUGGGCCCUAUUGGUCACUGUUGGGCCUAUUGGUCACCGUUGGGCCCUGGCCAUACUGCUGGGCCUCUAUUGGUCACUGUUGGGCUCUACUGGUCACUGUUGGGCCUCUAUUGGUCACUGUUGGGCCCCCAUUGGUCACUGUUGGCCUCUAUUGGUCACCGUUGGGCCUCUAUUGGUCACUGCUGGGCCUCUAUUGGUCACUGCUGGGCCCCCAUUGGUCACUGUUGGGCCUCUAUUGGUCACUGUUGGGCCUCUAUUGGUCACUGUUGGGCCUCUAUUGGUCACUGUUGGGCCUCUAUUGGUCACUGUUGGGCCUAUUGGUCACUGUCUGGGCCCUAUUGGUCACUGUUAG